AUGCAACAAGUUUUCUCUCAUUCAUCUGUCUCCCCGAGUGGGCCAAAAUCUCAGCACUCCAGUCUCCUCACCACUCUCACUCAACCCUUAAAUACCAGUGCAAUUCCACUCCAACAAAUCUCACCUCACACAACCCAUGAUGGGAAUGCUGAAACCCAUCUUCCUCGCCCUGCUUUUCUUGAAUUCCAGAUCAAGAAUCUGCCACGGGGCAUCUGAAAUCGGCCCCAACCAGGCGAAAGCCGGCGACUUUGAUGCAAUAGCCAAAAGGGUUUGCUCUAGAACGAGCGGCGAGUGCCCCGCCGUGGCUGCCGAAGAAGAAGAAGAGGAGGAGAUGGAUUCUUUGAGCAGUAGGAGGGUUUUGCUGAUGCACAAGAAGUACAUUAGCUAUGAGACUCUGAGAAGAGAUAUGGUCCCUUGUGAUACUCCUGGGGCCUCAUAUUACCUCUGCAAGGUCCCUGCCAAACCCAACUCUUACCACAGAGGCUGUGAGAUCAUUACAAGAUGUGCCAGACAGAUCAAUGGCAUCAAUUCUUGAGCUGGUUGAACAUAUCUGGCUCUGGUACAGAUAUGAGAUUUGCUCAAAACAAUGGUGCACUCUUCCAUACAUUUGUACCUGCUCCUCCUGGCAUUUCUUUCUGCUUGUGUUUUAGUAGGAUUGGGAUCUACUACCAAUAAUUUUGUUGCAGAAAAAACAGGAGGCUCAGAA